UCUGACGGCGUCUCAUUCGUGUUAAAAUUAUACCACAGCGUAGACGCGUCCAAAAUCCAAAGACUACUCAGUUUCGAUUUAUUUGUUUUUAAAUCAUUCCACGCAUAAAAACAAAUUGCGUGCCCAGUGCAUUUCCACACCCUCACAUACAAUUAACUACUAAGGAAAUAUCGAUUAAAUAAAAAUGGCUGGUGGCAAAGCGGGCAAAGACUCUGGUAAAGCCAAAGCGAAAGCGGUUUCACGCUCGGCGCGCGCGGGCCUUCAGUUUCCCGUUGGUCGUAUUCAUCGGCAUCUAAAGAGCCGCACCACAUCGCACGGACGCGUUGGUGCCACCGCCGCCGUCUACUCUGCAGCCAUUUUGGAAUAUUUAACUGCUGAGGUGCUCGAGUUGGCAGGCAAUGCAUCGAAAGAUCUGAAAGUCAAACGUAUUACGCCGCGUCACUUGCAAUUGGCCAUUCGCGGAGACGAGGAGCUGGACAGCCUGAUCAAAGCAACCAUUGCCGGUGGCGGCGUUAUUCCUCAUAUACACAAGUCCCUCAUUGGCAAGAAAGAGGACACCGUUCAGGAUCCGCAGCGAAAGGGCAAUGUCAUUCUGUCGCAGGCUUAUUAAUUAAUUUCCUUUUUGACCAUUUUCGGAACACAAAUCUUAUGUUUAAAAAUUUAUAUUACAUACUAAACGACGACGCGUUGUAAUAAAAACAAAUUCUGUGCGAGCUGCUGCUGCUGAGGCGCUGCUAAGCCUCAAUUUCUAAUUAACAACAAAUUCUAUACAAGAGACAUCCAAUCUCCCCCGCCCUACUCCCUAACCCCAAGCAACAUAAACAUCAACACAAACACACACACACACACAUAUAUAUGCACUUACACAUACAAAUGUAAACUUAAUUGUCAAGUAAAAUGUUAAUGAGAAUGAGGAUAAAACGAAUGCAAACUUAAUUUAGAGCAAAGUAAAUUACACAAAAUAAAUUUAAUAAAAACUUUAAAUAAAAAAAAUAAAAUAAAUAUAAAAUGCCCAAAAAUUGUUAUUGGAAAAUUUAUUAGACAAUUUACUGUUUUUCGAAAUAAACGAUUGUGCACAAAA